AUGUGUAUAAGGUCGACCAUCCACCUUGCCAUUCUUUGUCGUUUUCCCAUUUUUGUUGUUCGUGGAGAAUUUCCGUUUAUCGGUACCAAUGGAAAUCCAAUCGCCCCUCUUGAAGCGAUACCUGCUUGGAGACACCUGAACAAAAUCCAGGACGAAAGUGUACCGGGCGGUUGCAUCAAGAUUCAUGGGGUAGAACUUCAACAAAGGAAAAAUGCAUCUACCCGACUUCGUAAUAAUCAUCUCAUUGUUCACCCGGUGGAAUUGUUCCCACAAUUCUGCGUUAUCAAGCGACAGCUUGGCGAUGACAUCGAAUUUUCGGAAGCAGAGGCGGAAACUUUAACAAGCAUCUCGUUCCCCGGAG